AGGUGAGGACGAGUGGCAAAGACUCUCCGAGAGGGAACGUCAACUACGUUUGAUGAAAAUGAAGCUGGAAGCGAAACGUUUGCAGCGAGAAAACAAACUCGAUGAACUCGCCAGGCUGUUGGGAGACGGCUUUGCAGCUGAUGUGAAUUUGAGAAAAUUGCUUGGAGAGAAUAGGGAAAAAUACGAGCAACAGCUUCGUGAGAGACUCGCACGUCGUCGUGAACGACUCGCGAAAGGAUUGCCACCUGAUGAUGACGAUGAAGACCUGGACGAUAUAGAGUCACUGGAUGGAAAGAGUUUGCUUGAGAGCCUUGAUAGAAGGUAUUAAUGCUACAGUAAACUAACUCUCCUUGUACUGGAUAGCACUGUCAGUUUCGAGUUGUUCUUCCUAUAUAUAAAGGAUCAUCCUUUAUUUUCCACCCACUGGGGGAAACCUAAACUAAACUAACUUUAAACUGGAUAGUUCUAUCAGUUUUAAACUGUUCUCCUUAGAGGUCCAGUGAGAACCACUGGGCAAGCCCUUCAUUGUUCCAGUGUUACCACAGAAGAAAACCUAAACUAAACUAAACUUGUGCUGGAUAGCUCCAUUAGUUCUAAAUUGUAGAGGUCCAGUAUAAGAGUCAUUUCUUAUUGGGGGAAAUCUAGACUGAACUAACUUCAUUUAUAGAUAGCUCCAUCAGGUAGUUCUAAAUUGUUCUCCGUAGAGGUCCAGUAAGAGUCAUCUCUUAUUGGAGGAAACCUAAACUGAACUAACUUCAUUUACUGGAUAUCUCUAUCAGUUCUAAACUGUUCUCCUUAUAGAGGUCUAGUAGAAGCCAUCCCUUACUGAUCUAGUGUUACUAGAGGUUGUCAGUUUGUUUAUUCGUUUAAUCACAUUUACACAAUUUCUAUGUUAGAUUUGAAGACGAAAAGGAUGCAUUAAUGGCGAAGUUACUUGGAGCUAACAAUCAGUUUUUAAGCGAACGUGAACGACAGGCACUGCUCGCGAGACUGAAGCGCGAGCAAUUGAAAGCGAGGCUCGAGGAGAAGUUUGGUUCGGCUGCUCUUGUCCUUGGUCUUGCUGAAAGACAACGCAAAGAUGCCGAAGAAAGGUAG